ACUCUCAUCAUCAUCAUCUUCUUCUUCUUCUUCUUCUUCUUCUUCUUCUUCUUCUUCUUCUUCUUCUUCUUCUUCUUCUUCUUCUUCUUCUUCUUCUUCUUCUUCUUCUUCUUCUUCUUCUUUUCCAGCCCCCACCAGAGGGAGAGGCUCAGUUUCAGCUCCAGACCCCCAGACUCCUGUCCUGAGGAUCAACCAGCUGGAUGCCUUUGAGCUGUAAUCUGCUCUGGACCAGCUGGUGUGGUGGAACCAGUUCUCCCAUUGUUUCCAACACUUCUGCCCAGGCCUGCUCACCCCUGUGGAGCCUGAACUCAAGGCCCCGCUCCAGCUCCUGCCCUGGAGGUUCACAGUCUAA